CUUAUAGUUUUGGCUGCCCAGACACUUGCAAAAGAAAAAAGGGAAACAAUAAUCCUCAGAAAAACAGUAGGAUUCUCUGCUUGGACCCCUAUCGAUGAUAAUGAAAGUUAAGAAGAACAAUAUGUGAUUGUUUGCGUUAUCACAUAAUUAUGCGGAGAGUCGAAAACAAACACACAUAGGCAGCUUGGCUUAUGGCUUCAAUCUGUUUAUUUUUUAACACAAGGCUUCCACCAAGUUUAACAUUUGUGUAUAGGUUCAUGUUUUAGUUGACGGUCCUGACAUGAAAGGAGCUUGAGGCUACUGGAUCACAGGGGCUCAAUGAUACGGACACCGGCAUAGUAACUCGAAUAAACAUAUGACCUCAGAUGACGAAUAGUAUUGAACCACAGGAUGUGAUGCAAACGGAUAACCUGCCAACUUUAUGCCAAGUUUAAGGGGUAACCGAUUAUCUUUGCGGAAACAGUGGAGAACCGUUGAUGGUGUUGGUCGUGGAACCAAUUUCACUAUUAAUCACAUCGUUUCACAAUAACUGAGAGGUCACUAAAAGUAAGAAACCUGGUCUGUUAUCAAUUAUAAAAUGCAAACCAAUGUUUGAGUCAAAAACAAGAUGCUGCACCAUAUCUGUCAUCUAAAACCAACAAUUUAGUUCCGCCGUGAGAGGAGGUGAAGGGAGAUGAGCUCUGUCAUAAAAGAAAUUAGUGUAAAUUGCCUGAAACGAGAAAUUGUUACAGAUGCCACUGAACAACUGUGUAACAAUAAAUUCCAUUCUUAUCUCUGAAGAACAUGGCGGCGUGUUCCCGACACAGAGGAAAAUGAGACGGGAGACGAGUAACAGCAUCAAUAAAUCAUUCUAGUCCAAUGUUAUUCCCCCGAGAUUUCUCAAGGAUUAAAUUAAGCACUUCCAUUUCCAUCUACCACCUGAUCGCGACGCAUAUAAAUCCCAACGACUGAUCAACAGCCUCUCCAGACACACGAGACCUUGAAGCAAGAGGCUGUACGAAUGUACGGAGGGGGAGACAACGGGUUAUCCUGCGUUUGACGAGAAGGAGGGGGAGACUAGAUCGUGAAACGCGUUCAUGCUUAAAAGUGUCCGCCUUUUGGUGGUGGUUGGGAUUUCAUGUUUGCUGCCACAACGACUUCAUAUGCAUUCUGUUGCGCGCCGGAGUCAAGGAGGAAGGAACUCUCGCUGCGGGAAGCUGUCCUCCUGUCAUACAUACUCUGUCUGAACUGAAAACGCUCCGCUGAGCGGGAGCUAUCCAGUGCUGAAGUUGCAUUUCUUCCUCCGUGCGAAACGCGGUGUUGCAGAACCACACCGAUAGCGAGAGGUUUGCUUUUUGCACCGCGCAGGUGUCCGAAAUUUCCCCCUCCGCUCCGUCUUUUCAGCCUGUUCUGUCUUGAGACUUGUGGACCCGCGUUGAAUGUAGACAGGACUCAGUGUUGGACGCUUGUUUCUGUGCAGCUCUCUAAAAAUGCCAAGGUCUUUCCUGGUGAAAAAGGUGAAGCUUGAUGAUUUUUCAUCCACGGACCUCGAGAGCUCUUACAGCAGGUCCAGGACUGAUCUAAGCCUUCGGAUUCGCCAAAAAGGUUACAUUAGCGAGUACAUCAACCCCUCUGUUUACGAUGGAGAAAGCGAUGGUGCCAUCAAAGUGCCGUCUCCGGAGCCCAUCUAUGAUGGAAUCCACAGUGAUUAUGGGGCACCGGACUCGGACCAGGCUGACAGCCCGCAGUCCGAAAUCAGCUCCGGAUACAUUAACGGAGACAACGCGGUGAGCGAGGGAUACACUGUGGAUGCCUUCUACAUCACAGACGGGAGAUCACGGCGGAAAGUUAUCAGCAGUCCUCGGGCCAUCCAGCGGCAUACGUGCAACGAGUGUGGGAAAACAUACGCGACGUCUUCCAACCUGAGCCGGCACAAACAGACUCACAGAAGUCUUGACAGCAAGUUGGCCAAGAAGUGCCCAACCUGUAGUAAGGUGUACGUGUCCAUGCCAGCCAUGGCAAUGCAUCUGCUUACCCACGACCUAAAGCACAAGUGUGACAUCUGUAGCAAAGCGUUCAGCAGGCCUUGGCUCCUGCAAGGCCACAUGAGGUCCCACACGGGCGAGAAGCCCUUUGGAUGUGCACACUGCGGAAAAGCGUUCGCAGACCGCUCCAAUCUCCGGGCGCACAUGCAGACUCAUUCAGCGUUCAAGCAUUUCAAAUGCAAACGAUGCGACAAGACUUUCGCUCUGAAGUCAUACCUGAACAAGCACUACGAGUCAGCCUGCUUUAAGGGCGCAUUCUCGCCAUUGAGCUCACUUGAAGGAUGACCUCCCCUCAGCUGACAUUAGACUUCUGUCCCACAAUGACUUUGGGGGAGCCCCUCCCUAAUCAUCCUCCCCCAUCACCCACAACGGAACACAGUGAUAGCACAAUUUUCUCUAUUUUCCGCAAAUUGAAUCUUGGAAUAAAAUUAGCAUGCACUUAAAGACAUGAACGCCGCUGACGUCUUCAUAGACUCCUUGCGCUUGAAUCACAACUUCAAACCCCGAUGAGGAUUUUUAGUGACCUUUUAAUCAUCUCUGUAACAAUUUUCUUUUCAUUAUUGGAUAGUAUGUAGCCUAUUUCUUCAAGUGGCCACGCAAGCAUUCGCCAUUGAGGUAACCUUAUUUAUUCAUGUAUUUAUUUAUUUAUGUAUUUAUUUAUUAAUUUAUUUGCUUGUUUGUUUUGAACAAAGCUCACUUUUGUUCUUACUAGCUCUUUUUUGCACUUUAUUUUGUGUCCUUGCCAACAUUAAUAACAUACCAAAGCAUUUAAUCCUUGAGAAAAAUAUUUUCUUAAUACGUUUCUUUUUGUUUUUGACAAAUUGCAUGCAAAAAUAAUGAAUUCUAUGCCAAUACCUUGAAGCUUAUGAUUUUGCCAAAAUUUAGAUAGUAUCAGUGGGCAAUAUUUCUUGGGUAUCAAGAGGGUAUAUAAAGCAAUAAUCAUUAAUGCAUGGUAUUUUUGAAAGUAAUGAAAUAUUACCUAUAGCAGUUUUCUAAAUCAGGUAUGUUUUAAUCAAAUAGCCUACUCAUAAUAAUCAUACAAAAAAGACAUCAGGGAAAAUGCCAACGUAGAGUUAGAGUGUCGAACAGAAACUGAUCUUCCUUUGCUAUCCUGUUAUGCACUGCCUGCCUCUUAUUUAAAACGUAGUUGUAGGACGUAGGCUUGAAGUGCUGAGAUUCAGCUCCUGGCAAUUCAGAAUUCUUCCCCAAAUCUGCAGAACGUCUACCGAGGCAAAGCGUUGGCGCGCUGGGUAGCCAGGGUAGGCUACCCUCUGCCAUGUCACAGCACAGUGUUUAAAACCCUCAAUGCACAAGUUACUUGUUUUUAGCCCUGCGGACGUUCGACAGAUUUGCCUCUCAAGCACUUCCUUUUAGAGUCUUUAACUUUGAAAAGUAGCACAAUACCUAUAGAUUCAGGUAGAGAUGACGUGUAUUAGCUUGACCUCUGUUUUUGUAUCUCAGCUGAAGCAUACCCUCAUUAAUUUGCAAGAAGCCGUUGUAAAUAACUUAUUUGGAACCUUUUUACAGCUGUUACUGAACAAACGACUUUAUUUCGCUAUAUUUCUGAAUAAAACGUUGAAUAAAAAUGAACAUUUGAGGCAGUAUUCGAAUGAUGUAAGCACACAACACCAGGCAUUUUGUCGCACUUCAUAAUAAAGACUAAGUAAACAAAA